AUGAUGCUGCGAAAGAUAUCAUUCAGCGCUUUCAAUUGGUACAGCCCUAACCCAACUCAAAUCUCCACAAACGAGGCCACCGCGCUCGGUGGCUUACGAACCCCAACUUCGACCAUCAACCCCAGCAACGUCUCUCUCAACUCCAACACGUUUCUACUCUCACAAACUGGCGCAGCAGACACUGACAUGUUGCAUCACGAAGAGAUGAUCCCCGAGACCGUCAAUGAUAUGGAUGCGGAGGCGAAGGCUAGGGCAGUGAAGAAGGCUAGGAAACUCAGUCGUGUCUUUGGGGAUGUUCCUUCAACUGUGCUAGCGGACGAGCUCAGUUCUGGGAAUGUCUUGCCUGUUAGGCCAACACCUCAGGUUACGCCAAAACGCAGGGCGUCUCUGGCAUUCUUCCAGCUACCCCCAGUGCCAGAACCGUCGAUGCAGCGGACGCACAGGCCCGCGACGGCUGGUUCUUCCCGGCCAACUCGGUCUCUACGCUACUUACCCAUAUCUUCCGAUUCUACCUCAAGUAAAAUUUCACUUGAGAUGGAUACAUAUACCGAAGAAUUAGAACCCCCACCUGCGCUAACUUUGCGCCAAACGCGUCGACGCUCAUUGGCUAAACUAUCACGCCACCUAGGCGAGAUUAUUCCUCCGGAGUUGGUCUCUCCAACACGCCCUGAAGCAUCGUUUCAUCUGCAAGUCCCGCCUCGAAGGUGGAACGACAGCAUGGGGCGCAAGAGCAUGGACUCGGUCCUGCCCAAUCGGAGGCCUAGCCAACAAACUGAAUAUCCCGGCGAAUCUAAUACUAACUUGAAGCGGAGUAAAUCCUUGUGGACGCGCAAGCAUGGGGAGACGAAUGAGUCGAUAUUGUCUUCUGAUGCCGCGUUCCACGAACGCUACAACAUCAGCUUUGGGGACGAGGACGCAGUACGAGAACGUUGUCGGGCACUGAAAGUGAAACGCGUCAGGAAGAUAACACAAGUUUUCGGCCAGGAUCCACCACCAGAACUGAUGCGUGCCAUCGCCGACGAGCCUGAAAGAGCCUUCACCGGGACUGGCUACCGAGACUCCAUCGCCUCGUUCUUUUCACUAUCUCGGACGUAUCUGAGUUCGACCACUCCGAGCUGGACGCCUAGGUCGAGGUCAACUUCGGUGACAUCGACAACAUCGGAGACAGGGUUUGUCACAGCCCCCGAAGACGAAGGGCGAUCGCCUACACCUGAUCGCAGCAGGUCGCUGAAACGGACUUCGGCUGAAGAUACUUUGGAUGCACGCCAAACGCCUCUGGGCCGCGCCGCGACCAUAUCAUCUGUGUACUCUUACACCGAGCAAGCUUUCCGCGAGCGCCGCCUCCGAGCGGCGAAGUUGGCCCACUUUUUCGGCGUCAAUUACCAGAACAUCUCGAAUUCAAUAGCGCACAAAUCCUCCCAGUCGACUGUGGCGGUAAAUAUCCAGGUUACGGCACCAAGCCGAUUUUGGGGCUGGUUUGAUGGGAGGAGAGAGGCCAAAGACGCGGAGAUUAAUGAUGUGAUACCCAGGCUGAGGGAUUUACGCGCAGGCUAG